AUGUAUGGCACGCCUCACUCGACGACGAUGAACGGAAUGGGAGGAGAGGUCAUUGAUAGCUUCGGCACCAUUGAUCCAGCAAACUUGAGUAACUCUGUCUCUGUUAUGCCGGCACCAUCCCCUGCUGAACCCAGUCCCCGUGGUGUCAAGCGUAGUCGCACUCCAGAUCACGGUGGAAAUGGACAAACAGAAGGAGAUCAGGAUGAUGAGGACCAGGGUCGACGCAAGCGCGGUCGUCCCCCGAAGACACCCCGGGCAAGCUCUAACGACCAGCCGUCCGCGGGCACCCCUGCUCAAACGCCCCAAAUGCAAUCCCGUCCGCUCCCUCACCAAACGGCAGGGUCGCCGCCUCUCGCAUCGCCUCCGGAUAAGACCACACCGUCAAAAACACUAGUCAAGGCCCUUCCGACAGUCAGGGAUCAUACGUCCGAUCAACUGAACGAAGAGGGCGAUGAAUACAUCCCUAAGGAAUUCGAUGAAGCCGGGGAGACCAAGGCAGACGCUAUGGGAUAUCCGCAAGGUGGUCGUGAAUAUAAGUGUCGGACGUUCCGUGUACCAAAUCGAGGCACAAAGCUCUUUAUGUUGGCGACAGAGUGCGCCAGGGUAUUGAAUUAUCGCGACUCCUACCUUUUGUUCAACAAGAACCGCUCUCUACACAAGAUCAUCGCUUCACAAAUCGAAAAGGACGAUCUCAUUCAGCAGGAUAUUCUUCCUUACUCAUAUCGAUCACGCCAAAUCGCCAUCGUUUCCGCUAGAUCCAUGUUCCGACAGUUCGGCAGCCGUGUGAUUGUCAACGGUCGGAGAGUUCGCGAUGAUUAUUGGGAGAGCAAGGCACGGAAACAAGGCUUCACUGAGGACGACCUCGCCGGCGAGAAGCGCCCAGGAGCCGCGAAGACACGCGACGGGACAACGGUAGACAACGAACGCCAUAAUAUGCUGCCGGCACUUCCUCACAACGAUGUCAUAUUUGGCAGUACUAUCGAGCCGUUGCCUCCCGGUCUUUCUUUGGAUGUUUCAGAAUCUGCUGUGUCACUGAACCAUUUGCCCAUGAUUCAUAUGGCGACGACGGAUGACCCGCGCCUACGAGACUACAACAGCAUGCCACGAGCGCGGCAGGAAUUGACCGGCCAAACGUAUCAUGAUAUCACCAAGACGAGCGCCGGCUCAGAGAUCAUUCAUCAGGCUCAGACCGCGGCUGAUUUCAACAGAGCCUUAGGGUCACAACGUGCCCUGCGCCAUAAGGGUCUGGAUGAGUUCUACGCAAAGCCCCGCGAAGCCCCUGAGACUGAGCCUCAGUCUAGCACUGCUCUCGACUCUGGACUUUCGGUAUCGCAGCCCAUUCAAAAUGCCCAAAUACCACCGGCAGGAAUGGCAAAUCCUGCACAUGCGCAGCACGUCAUGCCUCAUCAAGCGAUGAUGGCUGGGCAGCCUGGUUUCCCUCAGCAGGUCCACCAACAGCAAAUGGGCCAGUCCCCCAUGAGGGGCCUUCCUCCAGGCAUGCAACCCAACCUUAUGCACCAGCGUUCCAAUCCGUCCAUGUCUGCCGGUAUGGCACAGGCUCCUUACGGAUAUCCCACCCAACAGCAACAUAUGUGGGGUCAGCCACCACCGCAACCUCAACCCUCACCUUUGUCAUCGCAGGGGCCGCAAGGGGUAAACAUGCCCCAAUACGCUCAGCAGAUGGCCGCUGCUCCCCAACAGGCACCUUCUCCUAUGGGUCAUCACGGUCAGCAGCCCCACCAGUCGCCACGCAAUCAGCAUCGCCCAUCAGUGCCCCAGAUGCCGCAACAAUUUGCUCAGAUGCAGCAACAUCCCCAAGCGCAACAGCAGGCUAUGGCAGGCAUGGGAUUCCCCGGUGGUGCUCCGGCUGGGUACAAUCCCAACAUGGCCCGGGCAAUGUAUGCCGCCAACCAGGCUUCUGGCGGACAAGCUUUCAUGGCUGGAAACCCCCAACAAGCAGGCAUGGCAAUGGGCAUGGCAGGAGGUGGGAUGUCCGGAUGGCCCAGUGGGCCAGGUGGACCGAUACAACCCGGUCAACCUCAGCCUGGCCAGUCCGGCAGUCCGUUGGGCGGAUGGUCAGGCUACUAG